UGGGAGCUGACAGAGUUGGCCGAUCUGUUCGUAGCCAGGGUCAGGCUUCAUGCGCCGUGGGGCCACCCUUGUAUCUUAUGGACGUGUGAUAGCUGGCAAACAUUUGCAAAGCAUAGAUGCAAAAAGUAUGACAACCGGUACAGUCGCCCAUUCACACUCCUUGUCCACAACAAGUUCAUACUCCGGCCCACCGCAAACCAGGGACCUUCUUUUGUCCGUGUCGCUCACUACAUGGCAGCAGCCAUUGCAUGGAGACCGGAUCUCUCUAACGCACUGAGGGACAAGAUUGUUGGACGCUUGGUGGAUGAGAUGCAGAGAUACAAGAAGUUUUACCAGCAUAUGUUCCUUAAAGAUAAGGGGAUCAUCAGCAGGAGAAAAGAGUGGCUAGACAAGAGUGGCCGAUAG